AUUCUAGUUCCGGUCUCUAUGGCGGCCGGCGGAGGCAGGAACGGUUGUAGGUCGGCUGAAUUAGCCGCCAAACGGCCAAUGAGAGUGGAGGACUGAUAAAAUAUUAUCCAGUAGAAGUCAGGAAUUGGGGUCAGGUGGGCAGAUUGACAGCAGCACUGGCCAGUUAACAACGCCUAGGGCGGGUCGAUCGUAGGGCUUAUCCCGCCUGUCCCGCCAUUCUCGCUAGUUCGAUCGGUAGCGGGAGCGGAGAGCGGACCCCAGAGAGCCCUGAGCAGCCCCACCGCCGCCGCCGGCCUAGUUACCAUCACAUCCCGGGAGGAGCCGUAGCUGCCGCAGCCGGCCCCAGUCACCAUCACCGCAACCAUGAGCAGCGAGGCCGAGACCCAGCAGCCGCCCGCCGUCCCCCCCGCCGCCCCCGCCCUCAGCGCCGCCGACACCAAGCCCGGCACUACGGGCAGCGGCGCAGGGAGCGGUGGCCCGGGCGGCCUCACAUCGGCGGCGCCUGCCGGCGGGGACAAGAAGAUCAUCGCAACGAAGGUUUUGGGAACAGUAAAAUGGUUCAAUGUAAGGAACGGAUAUGGUUUCAUCAACAGGAAUGACACCAAGGAAGAUGUAUUUGUACACCAGACUGCCAUAAAGAAGAAUAACCCCAGGAAGUACCUUCGCAGUGUAGGAGAUGGAGAGACUGUGGAGUUUGAUGUUGUUGAAGGAGAAAAGGGUGCGGAGGCAGCAAAUGUUACAGGUCCUGGUGGCGUUCCAGUUCAAGGCAGUAAAUACGCAGCAGACCGUAACCAUUAUAGACGCUAUCCACGUCGUAGGGGUCCUCCACGCAAUUACCAGCAAAAUUACCAGAAUAGUGAGAGUGGGGAAAAGAACGAGGGAUCAGAGAGUGCUCCCGAAGGCCAGGCCCAACAACGCCGGCCCUACCGCAGGCGAAGGUUCCCACCUUACUACAUGCGGAGACCCUAUGGGCGUCGACCACAAUAUUCCAACCCUCCUGUGCAGGGAGAAGUGAUGGAGGGUGCUGACAACCAGGGUGCAGGAGAACAAGGUAGACCAGUGAGGCAGAAUAUGUAUCGGGGAUAUAGACCACGAUUCCGCAGGUAUGGUUCACAUAAACAUGUUUCUAUUAAAAUUUCCUCAAACCUUUGUUAGGACUCCGCACAUCAUGCCUCUC